AUGCCUAGAACAUAUACUCAUAAGAAACGAGGCAAGACAAUGAACUAUGAUACAAAACAACUAGCUGAUGCCUUGAAAGCGCAUCAAAAUGGGAUGUCCAUCAGAGAAGCUUCAAAAGCAUACAAUAUCCCAAAAUCAACACUGGCUGACAGAGCUAGUGGCAGAUAUGAGGUAAAUGUAACUCAUGGUCGUCCGUGUGCGAUACCAAUUGAAGUUGAAAAGAAAAUUGUCGAAACAGUGAAAGUAGCCGCUGAGAGGGGAAUUGGAAUUUCGCGGAAGCAGUUGCUACUUAGGACAAAUGUGUUGUGCCAACGCAUUCAGGUGCAUACAUCCUAUAAGAACUUCCACGCAGGUAAAAACUGGUGGGAAGGCCUCAAGAGACGUCAUGGGCUUACACUUAGACAGCCAGAGCGCCUCGGUAGUACACGUUGUCGUAUGAUGAAUCGUGAAACUGUAGGAAAGUAUUUUGAGGCAUUGUCAAACAUCAUUACUUCCUCAAACUUGAAUGACAAGCCAGAAUUCAUCUGGAAUUGUGACGAGACCAGCAAGAAUUUUGAACACAAUCCAAUUAAAGUUGUUUCUGGUAUAGGUGCUAAAAAUGUAUGUGGUAGAACAAGUAGCAAAUCUACUAAUAUAACCAUUAUGGCAUGUGUUAACGCAGCCGGCAAAGCUAUGCUACCCAUGUUUAUAGUAAAGGGAAAGACCCCAAGGUCAUUGUACUCGUUCAAUACUCAGGCAGCUCCUCCUGGUACUAAGUGGUCCUACCAGGAGAAGGGCUGGAUGACGGACCAAAUAGGUGAACAGUGGUUCGACACUGUUUUCCUGCAAAACUGUGGUACCCAUCGACCCCAACUCCUGAUUCUUGAUGGCCAUAGUAGCCACGAAUCUCUAGCGAUACUCCAGAGGGCUAUUGAAGAGAAUAUAUUUAUUCUUGCCCUGCCCCCUCAUACCACGCACCAUCUUCAACCUUUGGACAAGUCUGUAUUUGGUCCUUUUAAUAAGGCAUACAAUUCAGCUUGCUCCGAAUUCUUACAGGAUCCAUUAAACUCCGUGAAUAAAUGGAACUUCCCCGCGCUGAUCACAAGAGCAUGGGUAUCAGGUCUGACUGAGGGGAACAUUAAAUCUGGAUUCGCUGCCUGUGGCAUAUUUCCUCUGAACAAAAAUGCCAUCCAUGAUCAAGCUGAUUCCCCAAGUUAUCCAUCUGACAAACCACUUGACAGUCAAACUCAAAGUCCUUUUGUAGAACAUUUCUCAAUCCCACAAGGCAUAGGAAGUAGUUCUUCAUCUGUAUCUAGUAUGAGUACUGAGGUAAACCAUGUUGACACAUCUCUUCAAAGUGUCAACACUUCAAAUUUCAUGGACCCAGUUGUUACUGAUCAAACUGAGUCUAUUGAUCAGGUUAACAACCAAGGCGACAGCACUGUAGAUGCUGUAAUGGACCCAGUUGUUACUGAUUAUAUUAAGUCUAUUGAUCAGGUCAAAAACCAAGGUGACAGCACUGUAGAUGUCGUAAUGGACCCAGUUGCUGUUCUGGAUCUUCUCUCUAGCGGCGAUUUUAUAGUUGAUGGAGAGAUAGAUUUUCCAAUUACAGAUGAUUCUUUGACUCUUCCCAACUCUCCAUGUAACAUAAGUCCUGAAAUUAAUACCGAAACCACGCAAUGCCAGUCUUUAGUACCGUCCGCUAAUUGGAAUCAAGAUCUGGAUUCCAUAUUCCUCCCGCCAAGCGGCGGUGUACCCAAUGGCCCUGUGGCAAAAAAAAACAAAAGGCUAUUACAUCUCAUAGGCUACUGA